UGAGGAUGGGGAGCAUCUUCGGGACCCAGAAGACCAGGCCCUGCCUGAAAGCCCGGCCCGAAGGCCCAAAGGACCUGCCCUAACACAGCCUCUGCAGCCGUCUGGUGCCUCCUACUUCGUCCCCUCUCUGCACAAGCUGUUCAACAUGAGACACAGUCUCCACCUGACCUUCAUGUGUCUGAGUCUCUUCACUGGGAGGACGUGUGCCCAGGGGAACCGGUUCGCCAUGGAGGUCAGCAGAAGCGACAAGCUCUCCCUGCCCGGCUUUGAGAACCUCACUGUAGGAUAUAACAAGUUUCUCAGGCCCAAUUUUGGUGGAGAACCUGUUCAGAUAGCCCUGACUCUGGAUAUUGCGAGUAUUUACAGUAUUUCCGAGAGUAACAUGGACUACACAGCCACCAUCUAUCUCAGACAGCGCUGGACGGACCAGCGGCUGGUGUUCGAAGGCAACAAGAGUGUCACUCUGGACGCGCGCCUGGUGGAGUUCCUCUGGGUGCCGGACACUUACAUUGUGGAGUCCAAGAAGUCCUUCCUCCACGAAGUCACUGUGGGCAACAGGCUCAUCCGCCUCUUCUCCAAUGGCACAGUCCUAUAUGCGCUCAGAAUCACGACGACCAUUGCAUGCAACAUGGACCUGUCGAAAUACCCCAUGGACACACAGACAUGCCAGCUGCAACUGGAGAGCUGGGGCUAUGACGGAAACGACGUGGAGUUCAGCUGGCUGCGUGGCAAUGACUCUGUGCGUGGGCUGGAGAACCUGCGGCUGGCUCAGUACACCAUACAACGGUACUUCACCUUAGUCACCAGGUCACAGCAGGAAACAGGAAAUUAUACACGACUGGUCCUGCAGUUUGAGCUCCGGAGGAAUGUCCUGUACUUCAUUUUGGAAACCUACGUUCCUUCCACUUUCCUGGUGGUGUUAUCCUGGGUUUCGUUUUGGAUCUCCCUCGACUCAGUUCCUGCACGAACCUGCAUUGGAGUGACCACCGUAUUGUCAAUGACCACACUGAUGAUCGGGUCCCGCACUUCGCUUCCCAACACCAACUGCUUCAUAAAGGCCAUCGACGUGUACCUGGGGAUCUGCUUCAGCUUCGUGUUUGGGGCCCUGUUGGAAUACGCUGUGGCCCACUACAGCUCCUUACAGCAGAUGGCGGCCAAAGACAGGGGGAUGCCAAAGGAAGUAGAAGAAGUCAACAUCACUAACAUCAUCAACAGCUCCAUCUCCAGCUUUAAACGGAAGAUCAGCUUUGCCACCAUUGAAAUUUCUGGGGAUAACGUCGACUACAGCAACUUGACUAUGAAAACCAGCGAUAAGUUCAAGUUUGUCUUCCGAGAUAAGAUGGGAAGGAUUGUUGAUUAUUUCACAAUUCAAAACCCCAGUAAUGUGGAUCGAUAUUCCAAACUACUCUUUCCUUUGAUUUUUAUGCUGGCCAAUGUAUUUUACUGGGCAUACUACAUGUAUUUUUAAGAGUAUGCUGAAUAAUUUGCAUGCCAUAGGACUUCAACAGAAUGAGAUAAUGAUGUGAAUGAUAUUCUAAGCCAAGUGUGCACCCGAACCCAAUGGUGCUACAAGUAACUAAAAUAACAAGUUAGCAUUUCUUCUCAAAGAACGGACCCCAACCAUUAUUUAAGCUUGUAGAAGUCCUAGCAUUACAGAGUCUUAUAAUAGAAACAUCAACCCCUUCCUUUUUUUAUCAUUACAAAAGACAUCCCCACGGAGCCCAAGAUUACAAACCUACUCAGGGUUGGCUGACUGCUCAGUGGCUCCCUGGUCUGCAUUUACCUCAUAUAAAAAAUAUGAGAAGGAGACCAUUACAUGUAUUGAGUAACCCUCAAGUGGCAGGGGUUGUUUCUGAAUUAAUCAUACAUGCUAUUUAUUAAAUCUCCGUAGUGCUUAUAAAAUGCAUUGUUGACUAUUUAGGGAACAACAUUUUCUAGUUU